AUGAACGCGGGCGGGCGCCGGCGCUACACCUCGGAGCAGCUCCUCUUCGACGUCCCCGCCAAUGCCGCAACGGCGGGCGGUGCCGGCAGGUGGACCCAGCGCGGCGGGUUGCGCCGCGGGGACGGGGAGAUCUUCGUGUCGGUGGACCCGGCGACGCCGGCACGGCUGCGCGGAGGGGACGCGGCGGCUGGGGAGUCUCCGGGGCAGAGGCACCAGCUCAGCCCCGGGCUGCUCGACCUCCACGCCUUUGAUACCGAGCUUAUCCCCGAUUUUCAAGUACAAGGAAUGUAUGAUGGUGCUGAAAAGUUUGGUUAUGCCAAUGGAGAAGGCUUUGAUGAUUCGGAUAUGAGCUUUGGUACAGACAAGAAGAUGAGCAAGUCCGCUGUUUUUGCUGAAAGUAACUACCUCAAGGCCUUCCCUGAGAAAGAGAAGGCAGCCCCUGUUGCUAAAAUCAAAGUGGUGGUGCGCAAAAGACCUCUGAACAAGAAGGAGAUAUCAAAGAAAGAAGAAGAUAUCAUAGACAUUGAACAAAAUUCUUUGACUGUCCAUGAGACUAAACUUAAGGUUGACCUCACUGAGUAUGUCGAAAAGCAUGGAUUUGUGUUCGACGCUGUUUUGGAUGAGGACGUUUCAAAUGAUGAGGUUUAUCGUGAAACAGUGGAACCAGUGGUUCCUGCUAUUUUUAAUCGUACAAAGGCAACUUGUUUUGCAUAUGGACAAACCGGUAGUGGAAAAACCUACACCAUGAGACCACUUCCUCUAAAGGCCUCCCAAGACAUUUUGAGACUAAUGCACCAUACAUAUCGUAAUCAGGGGUUUCAGUUAUUUUUUAGUUUCUUUGAGAUCUAUGGAGGGAAAUUAUAUGAUCUGCUUAAUGAAAGGAGUAAACUUUGCAUGAGAGAAGAUGGAAAACAGAAAGUUUGCAUUGUUGGUUUACAAGAGUACAGGGUGUCUGAUCUUGAAACUAUCAAGGAGUUGAUUGAGAGAGGUAAUGCCACCAGAAGUACUGGUACAACUGGUGCAAACGAGGAGUCAUCACGAUCUCAUGCCAUUCUUCAGCUUGCUAUCAAACGGCGUGUUGAUGGCAAUGAGUCUAAACCACCCAGAUUGGCCGGCAAGUUGUCGUUUAUUGACCUGGCUGGCAGUGAGCGUGGUGCUGAUACAAAUGAAAAUGAUAAACAAACAAGAAUUGAGGGCGCUGAGAUCAAUAAAAGUUUACUUGCUUUAAAGGAAUGCAUCAGAGCACUUGAUAAUGAUCAGAAUCAUAUUCCCUUCCGUGGUAGCAAGUUGACUGAAGUUUUACGAGAUUCAUUCAUUGGAGACUCACGCACUGUCAUGAUUUCAUGCAUUUCCCCUAGUUCUGGCUCUUGUGAACAUACACUGAACACAUUGAGAUAUGCUGAUAGAGUGAAGAGUCUGUCGAAAGGAAGUAACAGCAAGAAAGAUGUGCCUUUGGCCGCUGCACCUUUACGAGAGUCGAGUCCUUCACCAUUGGCUUCGGUUGUACCCUCUUUCUCUGCAGCUGAGGUAAUGAAUGAUAUCACUGAAAGGGGUAAGUUUGGUUGGCCCAAGCAGCAGUAUGCCAAAGAACAGCCAUCACCAUCGUUUGUGGAUAGAAUGCCCAAGGGUAGGGAAGACACUGAGUUCAGUUCGGCGAAUAGUGGUUAUUUCAAUGAACAAAGAAGCAGAGGCAUUGCGGCAGCAGGUAUAGCCGUGGUACCAGAUACAAUGUACCAGCAAGGAAGGCAACAUGCACGGAAGGGUAGAGAUCCAGCUUUGGAGAAUAAUAUGAGAAAUUCUGUUGCUUACCCAAUUAGAAGGGCUGUGCCAGACGAAGAUGACCAUCUGAAUGACCUCCUUCAGGACGAGGAAGAUUUAGUGAGUGCUCACAGAAAGCAGGUGGAAGAGACCCUGGAUAUCAUUAAAGAGGAGAUGAACUUACUAGAUGAAGCAGAUCAGCCUGGCAACCAACUGGACGACUACGUUACAAGACUAAGCGGUAUCCUCUCACAGAAAGCUGCUGGAAUUGUGGAUUUACAGGAUCGUCUGGCACAGUUCCAGAGGCGCUUAAACGAGAAUAGCGUGCUGCUAUAUUCCGAGUGCCCUUGA